AUGCAUGAGAUAUUGACGCUAUCGUUGUCCAAUAAAGCCAACCACUUGGCCACCCAUUUUUUCAACUCCCAGGAAUCGUAUUUGGAUUACACUAAGGGAGCUUCUCAUUCAAUUACCAAUCCCAAUGUCUUUUUGAGCUCAAAUUUAAACAGAAUAACAAACACUCUUGAUUUCAAUCCAAGAGCAAUUUUAUGGGAUUUCAAAAAUGCCUUUGGCUCAUUGAAUCAGUACCAGUAUUUUGAAUCGUUUAAUGAUGAUAACAACAACAACAACAACAACAACAGCUACAAUUGGGAUGGCGAAAUUAUUAAAAUCCAACAAUCAAGAAUUGAAAAAAAUGAUUAUCAAAAGUAUUUAGAUGGAGAAUUGGAGAGCACAAAAUUGCAAGAGAUUAAACUAAAGAAAAAUAAUUUAUUGGGUCUUGAUAAUACAUUAUAUUGGUCAGAUUAUUCUAGAGUCAUAUAUGAUCGAAAUUCAUUCAAUAAUUUAAACGAUUGGGAAUAUCACCCAAUUCAUUAUCCCAAUGGCAAAUUAAAAUUUCACAAUAAUAGUAAUGAAAAUAGGAACAAAGUACCAUUUAAUGAUUUUGAUCAAGGUGUAUUAGAAUAUGAUAAAGUUAAAUUGAAUUAUAAUGAAGAUUAUAUUGAGAAUAAUAUCCGAUAUUUUAUUGAAAAGUGCGAUAACUUAUCUGGACUAAAUUUGAUUAUUGAUAUUGAUUCAGGUUGGCCUGGUUUAUUGAAUCAGUUUUUAGAGUUUAUAAAAGAUGAUUAUUUAAACAAGAAGAAUCUAUUUACUUAUGGAUUAUUUAAUAAUAAUGUUGAGAAAAAUAAAGUUUCAGCCGGAUUAAUAAGUCGGAUUAAAAGUUUAGUUACAAUAUUAGAUUCAUCAACAAUGUUUUUCCCAAUUGAUUCGUUACCUAAGAUUUCAAAGAAUUAUUAUUUAAACAAUAGCAAUUAUAAUAAUAAAAGCUCAUGGCAUAAUGCAGCUAUUCAAUUUUUGAAUUAUGAAAAUUUGAAUAUACUAUUUUGCGAUAAAAAGUUGAAUAUUAGCAUGAGUCAUAUUGAGAAUUCAUUAAAUAUUGGAUCGAAUAGAAAUAUAGUUGGUGAUAUUAAUUCCAUAAUCGUUGAUAAUAGUAAUAAUAGUAAUAGCAAUUACACUAUUGAUUACUCAUCAAGCUUUUUUGAGCUUGAAUUAGGGAACAAAAGAUUUCAAGAUAAAUUUAAUAAAUUUAAAAAUAAAAAUAGGCAAAAUAAGACAUUUAAUAAAAUAUAUGUAUCUCGUACAGUACUUAAGAAUAAGAAUAACGAGAAGAAUAUCAAUGAAGAAGAAGAAAAAGAAAAUUCAAAAAGGAUUGAUGAUAUCAUUGAAAAGGAUCAAAAUAAAUUAAUUUCUAAUGGAACCAAUUCAAAUAAUUUAAGUAAACUUCAUUCAAAUAUUGGAUUUUUGGAUAACGAUAAUGAUUCAUUUCCUAUGGACGAUUUAAAAUUGGUUAAGGAAAAUGAUAACUUGAUAUCGAGCUAUAGCAUUAAUGAUUUUAAUACGAGAACUUAUUUAAAUAAAUUGAAUUUUAUUGUUCAAAACACUGGGAACAGGUUUUUUAAGAUGGAUGAUAAGGAGGAAAAAAUUGAUCAAUUGGGCACAUUUGCUCAAGAGUAUGAGUUUGGAUAUAAUUCUGAUGAUGAUUAUGAUGAUUUUGAUAGCGAUUACUAUUAA